GUGGAAUACCUUGCGAUGAGCGCUACGCGGACGCUUCGUGCUGCUACUGCUGCUGGAAGGGGUUCCGCCCGAAGAUGUCAUUGCAUAAGCGCAGCCUGGCCUCAGACGGGUGCAGUCAUGGCGUCAAGGCGGGCUGCCUCGACGGGUGUGGGCAUUGUGAGGACCAGGCUGAGAACAGCAGCACCACCGGAUGAGGGAAGCAAUGGGUCGGCGCUAGCGGCAGCGGCGGCGACAUUAGCUGCCGCUUCGGCAGCAGCCGCAGCGUUGAACUCUUUCGGAGGCGGUAGCACCUCCGUGGUCGGGUGUUCCUUGGCGGAUGGCGUCGACGCCCCCUACGAGCCCGGCCAGGCCGUUGGCGUGGGCAUUAAGGCCGAGAUGUGGAAGACCAAGCAUCCGAACCUGACGAUCCUUGAGACCAUCGAGGACUCGCCGGUGCUGGGGUUGAUGAGCGUCGUCCGGAACGUCGAGACCGAUGGGGGCGCCUUCCUGUCUGCGGCCAACAGGCUCAUGCGCCAGCUGCUGGACUUCGCCGAUAUGGGGUUUCCCAACGACGAUGAGGCGGUGUUUGCCACCCCUGCGAGAGUUAUGAUGGCGGGCGUUCUGCCGGAAGAUGACGUGAAUGUGUGCGCCAUUUCCCUGUACCUGGAGAACGAGCCGUGCGGGGUAUUCGACAUGGAGCUGGACGCGGCGUUCCCGUCCUUCGAGAGGGGUUCCCUCCGAGUGAGGGGCCUCACACGGGGUUCUUCUAGGGAGCUUCCGCGGGACAUGCAGGGGAAGCAGAUAUUGCUGCUAGCUCCCGUGGUCGGUUACGCCCAACCGGUAUUGGCGGCCCUGGAGAGGCUGGAGCAGGCCGGUGUUGAAGACGAGAACGUUACUCUGGUUAGCGUUGUCAUCAGCAAGGAUGCCCUCGAGACGCUCACGGAGGAAGUGGAGGACAUGAGAGUGGUGUGCUCAGCAAUGGAUGGCGAGACCCGAGGAUCUGACCACCAGGUCGUCCCGGGAGUGGGAGAUUUUUCGCGGCGCUACUUCGAAGCGAAAGCCAUAGUGGAGGCGGAGGCGGCAGCGAGAGCCGCGGAACGAUCCGCGGAAUCUUCCUCAAACGGAAAACGCCGCUGGUGGCGGCUGUGGUAGAGGAGCCGCCUGCCUUGUUACUUGAAGCUGGGUUGGGUCAAUAAUAGGUUGCCGUUGGUCACGGCUGCUUUCCGAAUUAUUAUUAUAUUUCUGUUUUUCAUUCAUCUCCCCAAGGAAACGCAGGUAGGGUCGGGAGAACGUGGCAGUCCUUACUACUCCUAAGGAGCCACGGGGCGAGAGGCACGUAUGUGAUUCUCGUGGCGCAUGCUGAGUUGGGCUAGUAAUACCUCGGUCGUAUUGGUGAUGACCUUCUGACCACAGCCGUGCUUUUGUGCGUGGUGUGCCUGCGUGUUGCGUCUUGUUUCGGAGUGUUCUCGGGUAACGAUCCAUAGAACGGACGUCAAGAAGUUUCGAGGAACGUUCCUCGUAAUUAACCGGGAAAGCGGGGUUUCGAUUUCGGCGGUGGAGGUGCGUGGCUUGGGGGGGAUAGAUCGUUGGUGGUGGCAACACUUGAAAUUCGUAGGGACGUGGGGAGUAGUGGGCUUGGUGCAAUGGAACUCUGCGGACAUUUGGUGUCGCUUGGGUUUUGUUUUUUUUACGUUCAAAGGGGUGUGUUCCUUUGCGUUGUUCAACACUGACGGCGCCCUUCCUUUUUCUGUCUCAGCGCUGUUUCAUUUUCGAGAAUAGAGUAGACGGUGGCCGACAAAGAGGACGGGACCUGCUAAAUGUGGCGGGAAAAGAGAGACAAAUAUGUCGUGUCGAGAGCAACAUGGAGGAGAACCAAGCCAUCGAUAAGACUUAGGCGUGAGUACGUAUUUUUUUUUUUUUUAUCGAUGUGUGUCGUUAUUCAUCGGUCUACUUGGAACCAGGUGUUGUAGUGGAGAAGGGGGGUAUUGGCGUGUGAACACGUUGAACCACAAAGUGAUACUAGAAACCAAUCCUCGCUUAUGUUUUCUUCCCAG